GGGCUGCGGCUCCGCGGUGCCGGUGCCCCCCCGGGAUGGAGGGAGAAGCCCCCCGACCCCGCCACCACCCUGGGGGGCUCCGCAGGGCACGGGGGGCACCGGGGGUCGGCGGUGCCCCUCCCGGGGCAGGCCACGGCAGCGCUGCCGGGGUCCGGGCUCCGGCGCGUGUGUCCCCCCGGAGCAUCCCCGGGACCGGCCGUGCCCCGGUGGGGGGGUCACAGCCCCGGGGGCGGCCCCGGCGCGUGGCGGGGGAGGGGCUGGCGGCCGCCCGGUGCCCACGUGGUUUGUCGGUGUCUCCGGAGCGGAAGAAACGGCGGCGGGGCCGGGGCUGCGGCGGGGACCGGGAGCGGCGGCGGCGGCGGGACCCGGCGGGGCGGGGACGGAGCCGCAUCCCGGCGGGCGCCGCCGCAGCGCAGCAGCAGCGCCGGCAUUUGCGGGCCUCGAGGAGGGGCCGGGAGCGCGGAGGGGGCGCGGGGACCCCGCCUGGACCCCGAUGAGAGCAGCUCCGGCUCCCGCCGAUCCUCUCACGGCCGAUGUCCGGAGCUCCCGCACCUGAGCCACACCUGUGACACGUCUGUGACACGCCUGUGACACGCCUGUGACACGCCUGUGACACGCCUGAGCCCGCAGCCCUGCCCAGCCCGCGCUGCUUCGCCCCGCGCCCGGGGCCCGCUGCAAGGCAGGACAUGGACUCCAUGUUCGAGGACGACAUCAGCAUCCUGACGCAGGAGGCGCUGGGGCCGGACGAGGACUGGCUGGACAGCCCCAACACCGACCUGUCGGGCGAGAUGUGCUCGGCCUCGCACUUCGCCCUCAUCACCGCCUAUGACGACAUCAAGAACCGGCUCACGGCGCUGGAGAGGGAGAACUCCACGCUCAAGCGCCGCCUCAAGAUGUACGAGGUCAAGUACCCCCUGAUCGGCGAGUUCGGCGAGGAGCACAUCUUCUCCCUCUACGAGGCCAAGGAGAACUCGCUGCUCAAGAGCGAGAAGGCGUCGCUGCAGCAGCAGCUCAACCAGUUCCAGCACGAGCUGCAGAAGAGCAAAGAGCGGGAGGAGCAGCUGGAGGAGAUGAUCCAGGCCUACGAGAAGCUGUGCGUGGAGAAGGCGGACCUGGAGACGGAGCUGGCAGAGAUGCGGGCGCUGGUGGAGACGCACCUGAGCCGCAUCCGGAGCUUGGAGCAGCAGCUGCGGCAGCGCGACAGCGGCGCCUUCCCCGGGCUGGGCGGGCAGGAGCCGCCGUUCAUCGCCCGGCACCCCAAUCCCGGCCUGAGCCACGUGCUGGACCGCGCCGGGGGCUGGCAGAGCCGCGGGCUGGAGGCCGAGCUGGAGGCGGCGCGGCAGGAGAACCAGCGCGCCCAGCACCGCGAGGAGCAGCUCAAGGCCGAGUGCGAGCGGCUGCAGGCGGAGCUGGAGCACCUGCGGGACACCCGCGAGCAGGAGCAGUCGGAGCGCGCCAUGGCCUGGGUGAAGAAGGUGGGCGAUGACCAGGUGAACCUGGCGCUGGCCUACACGGAGCUGACGGAGGAGCUGUGCCGCCUGCGGAACCUCAGCGCCCUGCAGAGCCAGAUCCUGCGGGCGCUGCUGCAGGAGAAGAGUCCCAGCGGGGGCCAGCGCCACUCGCCGCUGUCCCAGUGCCACUCCCCGGCGCAGCAGCGCCGCUCGCCCGCCCCGCAGUGCCCGUCGCCCGGUGCCCCGGGGCGCUCCCAGUGCCAAUCCCCCGCGCUCCAGCGCCGCUCGCCGGGACCCCCGAGCCAAUCUCCGGCCCAGCAGCGCCGCUCGCCAGCCCCGGGCCCGUGCCAGUCUCCGGCCCAGCAGCGCCGUUCCCCGGUGCCACCCUCCAGCCAGUCUCCAGCCCCUCAGCGCCGCUCGCCCGUGCCACCACCGCCACCGCCACCAGCCCCGUGCCCAUCGCCACCCUCGGCGUCGCCGCACCGCCUGCCCGGCGAGAGGAUGGAGCUGGCCUAUGCCAAACCCUCGAGCCGCCACAUCAAGGCCGGCUUCCAGGGCCGCCGCAGCUACUCGGAGGUGACCAACGUGGCCCUGUACCAGCAGAGCCGCUCGCUCUGGCUGCAGCCCGAGGCCUCCACGCUGCCCAAGCACCGGCCCUACGGCGAGGUGUACCUGGGGGGCGCGGGGGCACCGCUCAGCGCCCACGGGCCCUUCGAGGAGCACGUCCGCUUCGACAAGGGCUCCUCGGAUGAGGAGGAGUGGGCGCUGCCCAGCCCCCCCAGCCCCGAGGCCGGAGCCAUCCGCUGCGCCUCCUUCUGCGCCGGUUUCCCCGCACCGGACGCCGACGCCGCGCACCGGACGGCGGCCGCCUACGCCCGGGCCGAGCACGCCCAGUCCUGGCCUUCCAUCAAUCUGCUGCUGGAGACGGUGGACUCGGAGGUGCGGAGCUGCCCGCUGUGCCAGCUGGCCUUCCCCAUCGGCUACCCGGACGAUGCGCUGGUCAAACACAUCGACUCGCACCUGGAGAACAGCAAGAUCUGAGCCUCGCCCCCUCCCCACCUCUGGAUGCUGCAUGGAAACACACCGGGAGCGCCCGCCUCCCGAAAUACCUCCAAUCUUCAGUAGCUACGGAAAGACUGAGCCCCCCCGGAGCCCCCCGGAGCCCCCCGGAGCCCCCCGGAGCCCCCCAGAGCCCCCCGGAGCCCCCCGUGCCAGCUUUGGAUGCUCCGGUUGGGGUACCAGGGCCACGCCGGGCCGGGUGGUGGCCGGAGGGGACCCGGCCGUGCCCCUGGCUGUCCCCUGUCCCCUCGAGUGUCGCUGCUCGAUCUCAGGGAGGAUCCGAGGGGCCGGGGCCGGAUCCGGCCCCCAGGAAGGAGAUGAGGGGAAGGGGCCGCCCCUUCCCCGGCCCGGGGGGUCAGAGGGGGGCUCGGGGUUGGCAGUGGGGGGCAGCUGCUUGUUCUCGGUCCCCUCUGCCUUGUCCCGCCGGUUCAAGCAUCUUUCCUCUCUUUUACAUUAAAAGCACCCCCUACCCCCCGAAUUUCCCCCCCCUCCCCACAACGAUGCUGCUGAGAAACGAACCCGGAGGAGCAGCAUGGACCCACCCCCCCCCCAGCCCCCCAACAUUGCACUGGGCUCCCUGGGGCUCCCCCCACACCCCCGCGUGGCGUGGGGACAGCGCAGCCCCUCAGCAGCCCCCCCAAAUCCCCGGCCCCCCUCUCCCUGCUUCAGCCGGGGGCUGCAGGCGGCUGCUGACCCCGAGCCCCCCACCCAUCCCCCCCGUCCCCCCACGUUCGAUCUACCUCAAAGCCGCCGGGACAGGGGGUCCGCAGCACGGUCCCCCCUCACCGAGCCGCCCGCGCUGCAUGUCCCCCCGUGUCACAGCGCACAGCCCCACGCAAGGCCGGGGGCUCGGCCGGGCGCGCCCCCCCGCCCCACGCCGGGACCCCCGGGACCCCCGGGACCCCCGGGACCCCCGGGACGAGGGACGCGCCCUCGCUGCCGCCACCGACUCCAAUAAAACCUUCCCAGCGCCCGAAA